UCUCUCCCUUUUUUUUUAAUAGUUUUCUUCUAUUUACUUCUAGGUUUUCCUUAGAAACAAACCGAAUAAUCUAAGAAAGAAAAAAAAUUAAAAUUAUUUUAAAAAAAAUUCAACUAAUAAUAAUUAGGACAUAUUGAUCAACAACCAAAUUGGAAACCUAAUUCCUUUGCCCUCUAUUUUUAAACAAAAAGGAAAAAAGAAUAUUUUCUUAUCCUUUUUUGUAUUUUCUUCAUAAAAUGCCAAGAUAUUUUGAAGCUUGAAAAACUUGGGCAAAUCGACGAUGAGAGAUUCUUCACUGCGGGCCGAAGAUUUGAAUGCGCCAUCAACUUCCAGCUCGCGAAAGACCAGCAAUGUCUUUCAUUUAUUGGCACAAAGAGAAGUUUCUCCACGAACAAAACGGUCAUCUCGAAAGCUAUGGGGAGAAGAGUCAAAGAGCCAUCUUGAUUCCUGCAGGCCAAAAUGUCUAGCAAAAAGAGAUGCUAGAUCUGAUCUUCUUUCCUGGGUAGAGUCAGAGUCGUUGCAGCAUUUUUCAGCAAAAUACUGCCCAUUGUUGCCUCCUCCAAGGUCUACUAUUGCAGCAGCCUUCAGUCCUGACGGAAAAACACUUGCUUCUACACAUGGAGAUCAUACAGUUAAGAUUAUUGAUUGCCAAACUGGCAACUGUUUGAAGGUGUUGAGUGGUCAUCGCAGGACACCGUGGGUGGUCAGAUUCCAUCCAUUGUAUCCAGAGAUACUUGCAAGUGGAAGUUUGGACCAUGAAGUUCGCUUGUGGAAUGCAAAUACUGCUGAGUGUAUAGGGACACGUGAUUUCUACCGCCCUAUUGCAUCCAUUGCUUUCCAUGCUCAAGGGGAAGUUCUUGCAGUAGCCUCAGGACAUAAGUUAUAUAUAUGGCAUUACAACAGGAGGGGAGAGACAUCCUCUCCGGCUAUUAUACUGAAGACGAGACGCUCACUUCGAGCUGUGCAUUUUCAUCCAUAUGCGGCUCCUUUUCUUUUGACUGCUGAGGUCAAUGAUCUUGACUCAUCUGAUUCGUCAAUGACAGUGGCAACUUCUCCUGGUUUCUUGCGAUAUCCAGCCCCAACUGUAUAUUUGGCUAAUGAUCGACCUAAUUUGGCAAAUGAACUACCUCUAAUGUCUUUACCUUUCAUGAUAUGGCCAUUAUUUGCUAGAGAUAAUGGGAGAACAUCUUUGCAGAAUGUUGAUGGUGACACUGGUUCAAAUGGUGUGCAUCAGAGAGGAAAUCAACCUGCCUCAGUACGGCUUCUGACCUAUUCAACUCCAACCGGGCAGUAUGAACUUUUGUUGUCUCCUGUUGAACCAAAUAGCUCUUCUCCAUUGCCAGAAGAAACAGGAGCCAAUCCUUUACCGACUGAGAUGGAAACUGAUGUUUCCAAUUCUGCAAUGGAGCCCAUGGAGAUGAUGGAGGUCCAGUCUGUGGAAAGAACUACUCAGUUUUUCCCUUUUGGCGAUCCUACCUCAUGGGAGCUACCUUUCUUGCAAGGAUGGUUAAUUGGUCAGACCCAAGCUGGUCAGCGCAAUAUGCAUUUGGCUGCUGGUGGUGGUCAUGAGAAUUCACUCCCAGCUGGUGAAACAGGAACUUCUGCUUCAGUAGCUUCUUCAGGUAUGGUCCCGAGUGUUAGCCAAACAAGAGUUUCUGGAAGACCAAGUUCACGGCAUCGUUCUUCACGUUCUCGCAUGGUCUCCUCAAGUGGAACUGGUGAAUCUGGUUAUAGCAACAUCAUACAUGAGAGUAGCGAUCCUCAACCUGCUGUUGGCAGAAUUCCAUCUGAACUUGCCACAUCUCUUGCGGCUGCGGUAGCAGCAGAACUACCUUGCACUGUAAAGCUUAGAAUAUGGCCACAUGAUAUGAAAGACCCUUGUGCUUUCCUUGAUCCCGAGAAAUGUCGCUUGACCAUUCCACAUGCUGUGCUUUGUAGUGAAAUGGGUGCACAUUUUUCACCUUGUGGGAGAUUUUUAGCAGCCUGUGUUGCCUGUGUGCUUCCUCAUUUGGAAGCCGAUCCUGGAGUUCAGAGCCAGCUUAAUUCUGAUGUUGCAGGAGUUGCUACCUCCCCCACACGACACCCGAUUUUGGCACACCGGGUUAUGUAUGAGCUUCGUAUAUAUUCGCUUGAGGAGGCCACAUUUGGGUUGGUGCUUGCUUCACGGGCAAUAAGAGCUGCUCACUGCUUAACAUCUAUUCAGUUUUCACCCACAUCGGAGCAUAUACUACUUGCCUAUGGUCGUCGCCAUAGCUCACUUCUCAAAAGUGUGAUAAUAGAUGGACAGACCACAGUGCCCAUUUACACCAUUCUGGAGGUGUACAGAGUUUCUGAUAUGGAGCUUGUGAGAGUUCUUCCAAGUGCAGAGGAUGAGGUAAAUGUAGCUUGCUUUCAUCCUUCUGUCGGAGGUGGCCUUGUAUAUGGAACAAAGGAAGGAAAGCUAAGGAUUCUCCAGUAUGAUAGUUCUAAUAGUACAACUCAUAAUGUGUCCGGUUUUCUUGAUGAAAAUAUGUUCGAGGUCCCAACAUAUGCCUUAGAAUGCUAGUGUGACCGGUAAAGCCUGUUUGGUUGGCUUGCAGUUCGGCUUUGAUGGAUGACCGCCUUAAACAUUGCCGUCUUGCGUACAUUAUUUAUUCCGUCACGGCUGUGAAUUACUCGCACACUUUGCCCCUUCUGUAAAGUUUCUCAGCUGGUAGGUAGAUUGCAAAUCCGAUUUUGUAUUUCCAUUCGUUGCUUCUUAGAGACACAUUUACAUCAUGGAAAUCGAUCGAAACUCGAAAUGAGGUGAAUCAGGAUAAGAAUGUGGGUUGUUUGCAUCUACUGCUUGUUCAGGUUUAAAUGAAAAUUGUUGGAAAUAUGCUUUUCUGUCUUUGGUUUGAUUUUUGAAUUUUUGUUGUUUUAUUGACAUAUACAGAUUGGUAGAUUAUAAUUUAGUUUUCUAGAUUUGCAACUUUUAGUGUAAUGAACUCUACUGAAAAUUUUCUUUUUCAGUCUUGUUCCUGUUUCAA